AUGGCUGAGUGUUUCAUGUGCAGCUGUCUGGGAUGGGUGGUUAAAUAUUACCUCUAUGCAUUUGCUGCCUGUAUUGGCAUCUUCCUGCUGCUGACAGUUUUAUCUAAGAUUGGUCAGCGGGGCAACAAAAUCAAGUACUAUAGCAAAUAUGGCAUGAUAUACUUUGCAACGCAAUCAUUCACAACGCUGUUCGCGCCCUUCUCUCUACUGCGACCCUGCAACAUCGAUAACUGCCGAAUCAUCGCAGCGGUAAUCGCUCGCUGUUCAAAGCUUCUGGGCAUCACGUGGGAAUUGCGAAAUGCACAGAUUCUGCGUCAGGCAAAGGGUGCAAUCGUUCUCACGAACCACCAAUCGUCGAUGGAUAUUCUAGGAAUGAUGAUCCUCUGGGGAACGCUCCGGAAGGUUGUACCAAUCGCGAAGUUGGAGCUUCUUUUCCUCUUUCCCUUCGGUCCAUCCGCAUGGCUAGGUGGUGUGCAGUACAUUAAUCGCAAAAAUCGGCCUUCAGCGAUGAAGGUGUUCGACCGGUGCAAGCGCAUGAUGACGGAGGACGACGUCAAGAUGUACAUCUACCCGGAGGGCACCCGAUACGCCGAACGAGGCAUGCUGCCCUUUAAGAAGGGUGCCUUCCACACGGCCAUUGAGGCACAGGUGCCAAUCGUGCCAGUUGUCUUCUCCCACAUGUACUUCAUCCAGUCAAAGAAGCACAUCUUUGACGACGGGCACGUCAUCGUAGAUACUCUCGAGCCAAUUCCCACCGCGGGUCUGACAAAGGCCGACCUUGAUCAGCUAAUCGAACGAACGCGAAACGCCAUGCUCGCUCGGUAUGACGAGCUGAAUCGGGAAAUCGACGCCGGACUAAAGAACCCACGAUGGGUGAAAGAGGACCGACCCAGGUUUAAGGUGUACGAAGGUAAGAAAACAAACUGA